AUGGCCAAAGCACUCUCUCAGCUGAGACAGAACUACGAGGAUGCCAUCAAUACGCACAUCCAGCUGCAGCUCUAUGCCUCCUACACCUACCUGUCCAUGGCCUUCUACUGCAACUGCGACAACGUGGCCCUGGAGAACUUCAAGCGUUCCUUCCUGAGCAAGUCACACAAGCACAAGGCCACUGCCGAGAUGUUCCUGUUCCUGCAGAAUCAGCGCCGAGGCCGCAGCAUCCUCCAUGACAUCCCAAGACCAGACCAUGAUGGUUGGAGGAAUGGCUUCCAGGCCAUGGACUGGGCCUUCCACCUGGAGAGGACCAUCAACCAGUGCUUCCUGAGCCUGAACUGGCUGGCCACUGAAAAAGGCAACGCCCAUCUCUGUGACUUCCUGAAGACAUGCUGUCUGGACCAACAGGUCCAAGUUCUCAACGAGAUGGACAACUACUUGACCAUCUUUCUGCCACCUGGGGACCCAGAAGACCCCAUGGCUGAGUACCUCUUUGACAAACUCACCCUGACAGACAGCCUCAAGGACUGA